CUCUUAAGGUCACCACAGCCACUAGCCAGGGCUUGGUCAGGUGGUGGCCAUCUCGUGUGCACGCUUCUGCAUCCGCCGCCAUGCUCUUGCGCUUGGUAGCUACGCUCAUCCAUUGACCCUUAACCGAUUCCGUGAUUUUUAUUCAUCAGAAAGGAGAGAGUUUUGAGUCAUCAGGAGGAUCAUCAGUAGGAUUUAGCGAAGUCCUGCAAAUCUUGAUUUGGUAAAUCCUGAGGUGGGAAUGGCUAGCAAACGUAUCCAAAAGGAACUGCAGGAUCUGCAGAAGGAUCCUCCAACAUCAUGCAGUGCUGGCCCUGUUGGUGAAGAUCUGUUUCAUUGGCAGGCAACCAUAAUGGGUCCAUCUGACAGCCCGUAUGCUGGAGGGGUUUUCUUUGUUAAGAUUCAUUUCCCCCCAGAUUAUCCAUUCAAACCUCCCAAGGUUAAUUUUCAAACAAAGGUUUACCAUCCAAACAUCAACUCCAACGGCAGCAUUUGCCUCGACAUUCUGAAGGAACAAUGGAGCCCUGCGCUUACUAUAUCCAAAGUUCUCCUUUCUAUUUCCUCCCUCCUCACAGAUCCAAACCCUGACGACCCUCUUGUCCCGGAGAUCGCCCACAUUUACAAGAACCAGCGCAGCCGAUACGAGGAGACUGCGAGAGUAUGGACCCAGAAGUAUGCCAUGGGCUGAUACAAGUGUAUUUAUUUAUCAUGAUGGUGUGUGUGAUCCUUUAAAUUUUCUAUGUUUGGAUGUAAAGAACUUGUUUUGUAAUGUCAUGGAACUGGAAACCCUCUGGUUUGUAGACUUAUGACAUACAUAGCACUCAGUUCUUGUCUAUUUACACAU